CCCAGCCCCGCCCCCGGAGUCGUGUGCGUCCCAUGCUGGGCGGCGGGGGCAGCGUGGGCCGGGCGGGCAGCAUGGGCCGUGCGGGCAGCGAUGGCGGCGGCGGGUCGGCCGCGAUGGACCCGGUGCGCAGCUUCGAGCGCUGGAAGAAGAAAUACACCCGGCGGACGAAGAGGCUGCGGCUGCAGCGCAAGGAGAGGAAGCGGCCCGACUGGCAGGUGGAGCGGGAGGGGAUCAGCCGCCUGGUGCAGCGCUACCCCGAGAUAAAUGCAAGUGAAAUUCAAAGGUUUUCAGAUUUUCCAUUGUCAAAGAAAACCCUAAAAGGAUUGCAGGAAGCUCAGUAUCGUGUGGUAACGGAAAUACAGAGGCAAACCAUAGGUUUGGCUUUACAAGGUAAAGAUGUACUUGGAGCAGCAAAGACUGGAUCAGGCAAAACCUUGGCUUUUAUUGUCCCAGCUCUGGAACUGCUGUAUCGCCAGCAGUGGACUUCAGCUGAUGGUCUGGGAGUUUUGAUUAUUUCACCCACUCGGGAACUGGCCUAUCAAACCUUCAAGGUUCUGCGUAAAGUGGGAAAGAAUCAUGAAUUCUCAGCUGGCCUUAUCAUUGGAGGGAAGGAUCUGCAAGAAGAGUCUGAAAGAAUCCACCACAUAAAUAUGCUAAUUUGCACUCCAGGACGGCUUCUGCAGCACAUGGAUGAAACCUCAUAUUUCUAUGCCUCUGACCUGCAAAUGUUGAUUCUUGAUGAAGCUGAUAGAAUUCUAGACAUGGGCUUUGCUGAUACGAUGAAUGCAAUCAUAGAAAAUCUACCUAAGAAACGUCAGACCUUGCUCUUUUCUGCAACACAAACAAAAUCUGUGAAGGAUCUUGCUCGGCUGAGUCUGAAAGAUCCAGAGUAUGUUUGGGUUCAUGAAAAAGCCAAAUUCAGUACCCCAGCAACUUUGGAUCAGAACUAUGUUGUUUGUGAGCUUCAUCAAAAAGUCAACAUGCUAUACUCUUUCCUGAGAAGUCACUUGAAAAAGAAGAGCAUUGUGUUUUUUGCAAGCUGUAAAGAGGUCCAGUAUCUAUUCAGAGUGUUCUGUAAACUUCAGCCUGGUCUUCCUGUAAUGGCACUCCAUGGCAAGCAACAUCAGAUGAAGAGAAUGGAAGUCUACACUUGUUUUGUUCGGAAGAAGGCAGCAGUACUUUUUGCUACAGAUAUUGCAGCUCGUGGCCUGGAUUUUCCAGCAGUGAACUGGGUCGUUCAGUUUGAUUGUCCAGAAGAUGCAAAUACAUACAUCCACAGAGUGGGAAGAACAGCCAGAUACAAAGAAGGUGGUGAAGCUUUGUUAGUAUUGCUUCCCUCAGAAGAAAAAGGCAUGGUGGAACAGCUGGCACAGAGGAAAGUACCUGUCAGUAAAAUCAAAAUUAAUCCUGAAAAACUUACAGACAUCCAAAAGAGGAUGCAGGCUUUCCUAGCUCAAGAUCAGGAGUUAAAAGACAAAGCUCAAAGGUGUUUUGUGUCCUACUUGCGUUCAGUUUACUUAAUGAAGAACAAAGAAGUAUUUGAUGUUUUCAAAUUGCCUCUGGCAGAAUAUGCCCUGUCACUCGGUCUUGCAAUGGCACCUCGUGUGAGAUUUCUUCAAAAGGUUCAGAGAAAGCAAUGUGUGAAUGAGGCAGCUGGUGGGACAGAUCUCUUGAAGGCAGAGCAAAACGAGAAUACCCUCUCCUUGAUGAAAAAGGAGAAAUGCAGAACUGAUGUCAGUGGAAAGGUGUCUGUUAACGACAAAACAAAAGUGAAGGAGACUGAGAACUGUUCAGCUUCCAGUGAAGGUGCUGAAGAGAGUGAUAAUUCUGAAGAUGAAUCAGAAGAGGUAUCUGAGGAGGAGGAAGAAAAAGAAGUUCCAGCAACAAGCAGGGUGCCAGACCCAAACUCCGGACAGUUCUUUGAAGAUGAUGAUGAUGAUGAUGAUGAUGAUACUAAAGAUCUUGAUUUGCUGACAGUGAAACGUCGGAAUGUUUUUGGUGUGGAAGCUGAAGAUAAUCCUGCACCGGUAAGUGCUCUUUAGAGUAAGGCUCAUGAAUCUUAA